AUGGGAUCGACACCCGGAAGCCCCGGGCAUGAAUUGCGGCCCCUUGGGCAUCCUUCCCCUGGGGCGUACUCGGCCGGCGUGUCGUCGACACCAUCUCCAGCCUGUCCACGGGGGGAAGAUGUGCAGAUCCUGUCAGACGAGAACGCUUUAGACUCGACAUCUUCAGCACAGCUGGAUCUCCACCGAGAUGUGCCGACUUCAGACUCGUUCUUCCAGAAGAUCCUAUUCGACGGCACAGGAGUAGAUGCGGGGGUUACGCUGAUCCUUAGCCAACAAUAUCCACUGGAGCUGCCGACCUUGCAAGGAAGUUGA